AUGUCUGUUGCUUCUGCACCAUUUCCUCGUUCUAAACUCUUUACAUGCUUGGCUUGUCAAGUUACUUUUAACACUGCUCAAGAUCAAAGAAACCAUUAUGGAACUGAUUGGCAUCGGUAUAAUUUGAAAAGAAAAGUUGUAGAAUUGCCGCCUGUAACCUAUAAUGUAUUUGAGCAAAAGGUUUUAGCUCAACAAGCGCAAAGCAAGGAUGCAGACGAAAAAGCUAGUUUUUCUGCCGAGUGUAUUGCCUGCAAAAAAACUUACUAUUCUGAAAAUGCUUAUGCUAAUCAUUUGCGCUCUAAUAAGCAUAAAGUCGCGGAAAUGAAGGCUGCGCAAGAAGGAGUUGCGCUGGCAAAAAAAACUACGUUGAAUGUUCGUAAAGACGAAGAAAAUAUGCAGGAAGAGAUUAAAUUGACUGAAGUCGAUUGUCUUUUCUGUACACAAAAAUCCGAGUCUUUCGAAACCAAUUUGACACAUAUGACCAGAGCUCAUAGUUUUUUCAUUCCAGAAAUAGAAUAUUUAGUUGAUCUUUAUGGGUUAAUCAAAUUUUUAGGAGAGAAAAUUGCUGUUAGAAAUUUAUGCUUAUAUUGCAAUGGGCGAGGAAAGGGUCUAAAAAGCCUUGAAGCUGUUCGGCAACACAUGUUAGAUAAAGGGCACUGCAAAAUUGCUUAUGAGAGAGAUGAGGAUAUAAUGGAAGUUGUAGAUUUCUACGACUUUACAUCCAGUUACCCGAUCGAAGAUGGAUCGGAAGAAUGGGAAAAUAUUGAUGAUGAAUGGGAAGAUGUUGAAGAAAGUAUUAGCCACGAGAAUAAUGUCAAAUUUUCCAAAGGUGGUUUAUUGGACGAAGAUGAUAUUGAAUUAAUAUUACCAUCUGGUGCACGUAUCGGUCAUCGUUCAAUGCGGAGAUAUUAUAAACAAAACUUGCGUCCUGAAGAGAAUAGAGAUUCUAUAAUUAUAAACCGUCUUAUUACUCAAUUUGGCGGUAAUUUUGACUAUCAUCGACGCUCUGGAGGCGUUCUGAUCGCCAAAGGUGGUCAUGCAAAACAUGCACAAUAUUAUAUCACAACUUUUCAAGAUAAACGUAUUCCUCAUGAUUUUGAUACACGCGUUGGUAUUAAGGCCAACAAACUACAACGCCAUUUCAGGGCCCAAAUAUUGUAA